AUGGAAGGCCGCUUAUAUUCUAUAAAUCAUUUUAAACUCAAUUCCACUCCCGAUGACUUCCCCAAGUAUGAAGGAUACAACUUUGUUGAUGAUCAAUAUGUCAUAAUUGUCAACCAAGCUACACGAUUCACUCUAGUUGAGCCGGUCAUUGAAAAUCAUUUUCCGACUUAUCCAUUGGUUAAGUCUAUUGAAUAUCUGGUGAGAAAUCCACGUCAACGAAAUCUGAUCGAUGUUGUUGGCAAAUUGAUUUUGAAUGAUGGUCCUGAAGCCUUACCUUUUAAACUCGCACGAUCAAUUCAAGAGAAAUGGAUCAUAUAUGUAUCUCGUGUUAAAUAUCGAAGCCGAGGGGGGAUGAACUUUUUGGAUUCUACAUCCAUUUCGAGGGUUGCAUUUGAGCCGUGUGAAAUAGGGACCCAAGAUAGUGAAAAUGAAAAUGAAGAUUUGACGCAAAUUUCUUUAGAUAUCGAAAAAGAAGUUGGAGGUUCUAGCGAGGUCCAUGUCAAUCACGUAAUUCCAGAUGACAUUCUUCUUGAGGAUCCAUACCAUUCUAUUUUCGAUGGUAUCCCUGAAGUACACUCUAUUUUGGAGGGAAGUAAUAUAUGUGUUCAUUGUGGAGCCAAACGGUUCAAAAAUGAAUUCGCUACUUUUUGUUGCAUGAGUGGGAAAACAAAGUUGGCAUCUUCCAAAAUUCCUGAUGAGUUAUAUCGUCUUUUUACAUCAGAAGAGGAGUUAAGCAAAAUAUUUAGAGAUACUAUACGUGCUUACAAUACAAACUUUUAUUUCACAUCCAUGGGAGUAGAGUUGGAUGAUGAUUUGAGCAAUAUGAAAUCCGGAGUAUAUACAUUUCGUGCGAACGGAGCAAUAUAUCACAGAAUUGAUCAGUUAGUACCGAGGGAUGGCUUACCUAGGUACUUACAAUUAUAUUUCUAUGAUUCCGAAACCGACUUUACACAUAGACUUCAAUGGCCAAAUAUUGAUCGAAAGAUCAUUCAAGUGUUGGUGGGCGUUCUUUCAAUAAACCCGUAUGCUACAACGUUUCGAAGCCUUCGUGAGCUAGGACCUCUCGAUAACUACAAAGUCACUUUGAACGCAUCAGUGGAAACUUGA